AUGGUGAUGGUGACGAUGAUGACGAUAAAGACGAUGGUUACGGUGAAGAUGAUGAUGAUGAUGAUGAUAAAUGAAGACGAUGUUCAUAAUGAUGACGUUAAAGACGAUCGUGAUAAUGAUAAUGAUGAUGAUGAUGAAGUUGGUGAUGAUGGUGAUGACACUGAAGACGAUAGUGAUGCUGAUGAUGGUGAUGAUAAAGAUGACGUUGAUGGUGACGAUAUCGACGAUAAAGACGAUGGUGACGGGGAUGACGUGGCAGAUAAUGGUAUUUAUGAUGAUGUUAACGACAUUGAAGACGAUGGUGAUAUCGAUAAUGAUGGUGAUGAUGAUGACGUUGAUGACGAUGGUGGUAGUGGUGAUGACUUUGAAAGUGAUGGUGAUAAUGAUGAUGACAGUGAAGAAGAUGUUGAUAAUGAUAACAAUGGUGAUGAUGACGUUGAAGACGAUGGUGAUAGUGAUAAUGAUGGUGAUGAUGAUGACAUGAAGACGAUAGUGUUGUUGGUGGUGGUGGAGGUGACUUUGAAAAUAAUGGUGAUGAUGAUGAUGAUGAUGAUGGCGUUGAAGACGAUGGGGGAUGGCGGGAAUGAUGAAGGGGAUGAGGAAGGGGAAGUUUUCGAAAGGAAUAAGGGAUGGUCUGAUGGACAGUGA